CAACGGAAUAUCACUUUAAUAGAAGCUUCAAAUACUUCAGUCACACAAUCCAACCGUCCAACGUAUCAACAGAGCUUCACGUACAAGCAGGCCUAGAAAUAUCAUUACACGCAGAAUGUCUCUCCAAGAUAAGGUCAUCCUCAUCACCGGAGGUUCCAAAGGCAUCGGCAAGGCCAUCGCUCUUGAUGCUGCCGCGCAGGGUGCCAGGAUUGUUGUCAACUACAGCAGCGACUCAACCGCCGCCGACGAAGUUGUCAAGGCCAUUGGUAGCGACCGCGCUAUUGCCGUGCGCGCCGACGGCUCCAAGACGGCCGAGUUGCAGAAGCUCGUGGAUGUCACCAUCGACAAGUUUGGCAAAAUAGAUGUGCUGAUCCCCAAUGCUGCCAUCAUGCACAUGCGCACUGUCGAGAAUACUACGGAAGAGGACUUUGACCAAAUGUUCAACACCAACGUCAAGGGACCCUACUUCUUGGUACAGAAAGCUCUCCCCCACAUGUCUGAAGGCGGCCGCAUCAUCUUCCUCUCAACAACCGUCCUCGCUUCAAGUAGCCUUCCCCCGCCGUACCUGCUCUAUGCAUCGACAAAGGGCAGUAUUGAGCAGAUGACCAAAUACAUGGCUAAGGACCUUGCCAAGAAAGGCAUCAACGUCAAUGCUAUCGCGCCUGGCCCCACCGGGACCGAUUUGUUCUACAAGGGCAAGACGGAGGAGAUGCUCAAGAAUAUUACUGCCAGCAGCCCCUACAACAGAAUUGGUACACCAGAGGAAAUAGCCUCUGUGGCCAUCUUCUUGUCAGGAAAGGAAUCAUCUUGGGUGACGGGGCAGACCAUUCGCGUAAACGGAGGGGCUGCAUGA